UCGUUCAGCGAGAGGCACGGUAAACAGGACUUGACCGAGUCCUCUGAGUUUCCACUCCGCAGUCUACGGUCUACACCUUUCGCCUUUACUACAGGUAGAUUAUACAGCCGAGUCGUAACAGAACUGCGAAGAACACGUCAUCGUGGAUGUACUACCAUUUCAUGAAUUUGGUGGAAUUUCAAAUUUGUCGACUGAUAUACCGGAGGAGAAUCUGAGCGCGCAUGGUAUAGUGUGGCUACCUACUCCAUCGAAUAAUAUCAGUCGUGACAAGAAAUAAGAUUGUCCACGAUGUCAUCCGAAAGAAUUGUAGGCGAUAAUCACGACCGGAGAUCACGGAGUGCGCAAAAUGAUCGGAGCUCCGUUGCUUCGGGACCUUUGCCGUAUUCCCUGAACCGAUUGAACAAAAACACUCCACGAAGUGCCUCCCAUGGUAGUCUGUAUGACAACAAUUCAGAUAUUUACGUAACAAGUGCCGCCUACAAAGCACCCUCCGAGAUAAGUCAAGGGUCGCGGUACAGUUUAGCGCCCAGUGCAAAGGUUGGUCACGAGGUACCUAGUAGCUACGGAUAUCCUCCAUCUGGGAGAUCCGGAAUAUCCACAACCAAAACACGCACCUCGCGAAAAGGAGGCUUAGUCAUGGAAACCAUGUCCGCACCAAAUCCCUUCUGCCCCAAUACCAAAGGCAUCUGUUGCCUGAUGUUGCUUUUAAACCUUGGUCUGAUUCUCGUUACUCUGGGUUUCGUAAUUGUGCUUCAAUUCUUCGAGCCGUUAUUCGUAUGGAUUCUCGGGAUAGUUUUCUUAGUCUUUGGAUUUCUCACACUCCUUGGUAGCCUACUCUACUGUGUUCAUGUCUUUCGAGAUGCAAGGCAUCCAAAGGAUAUUAACCAAGAGGACUUGUACUGGUCGUGGCACUGGCAAAGGCGGAUUAAUUCGCCUCCAGAGAUACACUAUAGGGCAGACGAUAAAUAUCAGGAUGACGAAUACAGUGAUAGAUUAAGCAAAUAUUCCGGAAAAAUGUCUGACAAGCACAGUCAACGGUAUUGAAGAAAAGAAUCACAUACAUAUACUGAAGAUCGACUCAUCGUCAGAAAAAACGUUAAAACAUAAAGGAAAAGGCUAAAAGUAAAUGAGAAAAAAACGAUGAUGAUAGAAAGAGCAAUCAGCUGGAUUGUGUAAAGACGUUAAAAAUGUAAAUAACAAAUUUACUGACAAAAGCAAAUUGUGUUCAUGACUAAAUAUUGGUCAUUAUCUAACCGUAAAAGGCAUGUGUUACAAUAAAUCGUAUAACAGCUGAGUCACAACAUACGCCGAUGUAAUAAUCAAAAUCGAAAGGAAGGUAACUCGUCUUAUAGAGCAGCAUGAAAACUUUAAGUCUCAUUAUUUGCAGUAUUAAAAUUUUUUUCUGCUCAUUCCAGAUUGCAUCCAACCUUGGAAAUAUUUUCAGCGAUACGAGACUUUUAACUCAUUAUGUAAAGUCGCUUAUAUCCAAUCAGGACAACCGCGGCAAGUUUAUGUUAUUUGAGAAAUACACAUAACUGUAUUAGAUAUAAUAAUAUAUAUUUUGUUCUAACAUUUUUUUAACACGCUUAUUUAAAACACCGUUUUACUUGGCAAAGCCAGGAUUGUUAUGGAUAAUUGUUCUUCUCGUCAGCUGUACGUGUAAGUGAACGUAAUUGACCGAGUAGCAAGUAAGAUAUUGCAAUUACUUGAACACAAACUGAUUUGAUUGAAGUUCUCACAAAAACGAUGAGAGUGACGAAAAUUUCGUUUGGGAACAAUUUAAUACAAACGCCAAGCCGAUGGGAGGAUGAAUCCAUUGCAUAAUAUUAUAUUCUUUUUCGCGUGAUACAAUUACUUAUGGGCAGCUGUGCACGUACGUACAUGUGUAGAUACAUAGGUUGUAAUAUAUAAUAAUAUGAUCAGUUCACGAAUAAUCUCGACUCAAGUUAUAUAGGUACAAUAAGCAGAUUAUUUAUAAUUUCGUUAUCUAGUUUGUUGUUUGAUCUUUUUUACUCUUUCACUACGCUGUGUGUACUUAUGAACCUCUGAUCGUGAAAAAUAUAAAUGACUGUAUCAACUGUG